CAUCAUUCAUAUUUAAAGCCGAACUGUGGUGCAGAAGGCCCCUUGUUGGCUGAUAGUCUGGACGUCUCAAGCAUUUUUCUGUCAGUCUUGAAAAGGUCUAUUUAAUACACAAUGGCAGGAAACCAAGAACGUACCUUCAUUGCAAUCAAACCAGAUGGCGUCCAAAGAGGGCUAAUGGGUGAAAUUAUCAAACGUUUUGAGCAGAAAGGAUUCAAACUGGUUGCAAUGAAGUUCCAGCAAGCUCCAGAACAACUGUUGAAAGAGCACUACAUUGACCUGAAAGACCGACCAUUUUAUAGUGGCCUUGUGAAAUACAUGAGCUCCGGACCAGUUCUGGCUAUGGUUUGGGAAGGUCUUAAUGUGGUGAAGACUGGCAGAGUAAUGCUGGGUGAGACCAAUCCAGCAGAUUCUAAGCCUGGCACCAUCCGUGGUGACUUCUGUAUCCAGGUUGGCAGAAACAUCAUUCAUGGCAGCGAUGCUGUGGCCAGUGCUGAGAAGGAGAUUGCGCUGUGGUUCAAACCUGAGGAGCUGGUGGACUACAAGAGCUGUGCUGAGAACUGGAUCUACGAAUAAAUUGUCCCGGCUCUCCGCUCCUGGUUGUCCUGUCAUUGUGGUGAAUGUAGUAGAACUGGAAGGAACAUUGUUGUAUUGUCAGUUUCCUGAAAUAGAUUAAAAUGAUCAAUCCA